AUGGUCCCGAGCUGGCGGACAUCGUGCAUCGCCGACCUUGGCGUCGGGGCGACGAGUCAAUCUGCGUCGGCCUUCCGGCGCACCCACCCUGUUGGCCAUGCCACCGAAGAGGAGGACAACCGAGACCGAAACCCCCAACAACCCGACCGAAGUGCCGCUUGGCCGGCCUGAAAUCCCGGCCCCCGCCGCCCAGCCGGGUCCCGUCAAACGACAGAGAGUGUCGCGCGCUUGCGACCAAUGCCGCGCUGCGCGGGAGAGAUGCGAUGGUAAACAGCCGGAAUGCUAUCCAUGCUUGUCCCAGAGCCGACCAUGCACCUACGAGGCCAUCCCCAAGAAGAGGGGUGUCCAAACUGGCUACAUCCGCACCCUCGAACUGGCUCUUGGUUGGCUUCUCGAGAAGGUGCCUGGAAGCGAGGAGACGCUCGGUGCCCUCCUCGCCCAUGAGAGCGGCCAGCAGGGAAGUUCGAUCAUGCUUGGAAAGGACGUGGGAGGGGCGGACCGUCUGCAGAAGAGAUGGAGGAAAAGCCGGGUAUACAAGGGGAUAGACCGCAUCCUCUCUGGCGGGACGGCUCAGGAUGGGGGUUCUCCUUCCGCGGACGCGAGCGAUACCGAGGGCGAUGCGGCUCGAGCGUGCUCUAACCAAAGUCUGGAUGGCGCCGGUUCAGAAAGUUUUCCUGCGGAAUCUCCGAACCUUCCACAAACAGGGGCUGGGCAUCGCCCCCGAAGCCCCUCGAACGACGAGCCGUCGAGCGUUGAUUGGCAGCGCCAGAGGAGGCCAACGAGCUCAAUAUCUCGGUUCCCUCCAUCCUCACCAGACCGCCUAAAGCUACCCCCAAACCACUGGCGAUUGCUUGACAUCUACUUCUCCUACACCCAUUCGUGGCUGCCCAUUCUUGAAAAGCAGGACCUGUUUCGGGCUUCAUACCUCUACCCAGAACAGGGAGUUGUCAUCCAUCCCGAAGAUCCCUCCGCUGCGCCCCAUGCAGAGCUGUGGGCUGCUUUGGCGCUGGCAGCGCUGCAGGAUGCUGCCUCUUCACCAGAUGACACCGAAACCGCCCGCCCGCCCCCGAGCGAAAUUUAUCGAAUUGCCCGUGAACUCCUCCCGUCGGAGAAUGGGCCCUUCCGAGUUCACCACGCUCGCGCGCUUCUCCUGCUCAGCCUCGCCAAUCUAGGGCAAGACAAGCCAACCGGCGCCGGCCUGCUUCUUGGCUCUGCCAUUCGCAUUCUCCUCGGUCCCGACGCACUUCAGCGCGGUGCCCCCGACAGGGAUGGACAGAGGACGAGCCUAUGCAUGAUCGCUUGCUUUAUCCUUGAGACGGUCCUCUCGGUGAGAUGCAACAGGCCGCCGCAUUUGAUGGCAGAAGAUCUCGCUGCUAUGCCGCUGGUCACUGAGGGCGGACUGGACGAGUGGGAACCAUGGACACCCUGCGAUGGGUUUGGGGCCGGCCAUCCCGGCCCUCGCCUGUCUCGAAGUCCUGCGUUCUGCUUGAGCACGUUCAACCUGCUCUACGCCAUAAUGAAGGUUGUCAGCGUUGAGAUGUUGGCUAGGAGGCGCGGUCAGCCUCGCGGGGUCGAGGCUCCGGAGGCGUUCAGCAGCCAACUGCGACGGGCGAUAGACCCCAAUCUGCCGUUCGGCAACUUCAUUAGCUCACCAAGCUGCGGGACUGCCUCGGUUCCAACCCCCUACGUGGCUCGAGCCACCUUCCUAUGGGCUAGCGCGCUUGCGGACCCUCACUCGGAGAGUCUGCUGGCGUUGCUGGAAGAUACCCUAGAUCAGUAUCAGCGGAGGUUUGGCAAAUGCGGCAUGCCUCCGUUCAUUGUGGCUUGCAUCGGAUCCCUUGCGAACGAAGAAUACAUGUUCGGCUUCAGCGAGCAGAGGAGGGAGAGGUUGAAAAGCCUCGUGUCAGCGUACAAAUGCGGCAGCUUCGACGAGAGGCGUACCUCCAGUGUUGCCGGCACCACCGUCGUCGAUGGCUUGACUUGGCCAGCAGCUCACGAGCCGGUCGGCGUGGGCGACCCGGCGCACUUUCCCCGGCAGAGCACUCCUACCACGCCUUUUGCCGGCCUCGCGAUGCCGUCACUCAAUGACAGGCUGACUGCACCACAACACCAACAAACACAACCAGUCAGGGGAGGAUACAAACCGAUUUGUGGUCCAGGAAUGACGGGCUCAUAUCAGGGCCACUUCCGCAAUCCUCCAAUAGCGGUGCCGCAGGGCAGCAAUGCCCAGAUACAGCUUGGAACGGGCGCGGGCGCACUGUCGGCAACGGUUCCCGCGAUGCACCAAGGUCACACUUCUCCGCACCCACUUGCUCCCCCCGCGGGGUUUGGGGUUAGCCCCGACUACGACGCGCUGCUCGACGACCUUGCGUCGAUCGAAUGCACCGACGCGGUCGACGCCGAUGCCCAGUUUAUGGCCAAUCUUGGAUUUGCGCCGGGGUGCGACAUCGCAGAGAUCCUGAGGCGCGAUUUUGGACCAGUAUAGAGCUUUGGAUGUAUAUCCUGUGGAC